UUCUUGGCUGAUUUUUUUUUCUCUAAUUUGUUCGUUUAUCAUUUUGAUUGUUUUUUCUUUUUCUCUUUUUUCCAUUUUAUUAAUGUUUUGCUUUGUUGCUUCUAAAUAACAGUUUUAUCAUCACUUGUUAGAAGAUCAUUUUUUUCAAACCCUCUCUCUCUCUCUUCCUCUCAUCCUCAUCCUCUUCCUCUCUCUCUCUCUCUCACUUUCAUCUGAUUAAAUUCUAUUCUAUUUUCAUUCAAUCACUUGAGUCAACACCGUUCACAGUAAACCCUUAUUUUUUUCUUCUAGCGAAUCUUUUUCUCCAUCAUCAUUAAGUUGAUUUUAUUUUGGUUUUCGUUUUGAUUUGAAUUUUCAUCAUUUGUUAAUUUCUAAGACCUAGUUUUCUUUAAUUACCCUGUCAUGUGUUAAUUUGUGCUCAGACUUGUUCCAUUCUACCAAUAAUCAAUCAUCCCUGGAAAAUUACAAACUAUCAAAGAACAAAUUAUUGUCACAAUUAAUUGGCCAAUAUUAUUUUUAAUCAUCACACAAACAUCAAUUUAUUCUUCAAAAAUCUUACCAAUCUCUUUCUCUGACAAUCUUUUCCAUCUAGAGUUUAUUAUCCAAUCUAAAUUGCUGCUAAUUACAAGAUGAAGUUUUCUCACUCCUUCUUAUCUUUCCAUCUUUACCUGUCUCUUGUAAUUUAUUUACCUUUGUUAAACUGUUUGAUCACCUCUACCUCCGAUCCCUCGAUAAAUUCAACAAUGACCAUGCAAAUUGGACCAAAAUUUAGUUAUAGCAACGAUACCAAGAAAGCCAACGAAACCUUGUCACUUCCAUCUGAGCCCAAGUGUCCAAAGUCCUGUCGAUGUACCAUUGAAAGUGGUACACCAAAUUCCCUUAAAGGUUACACAGUUUCCUGUUCGCGAUUGGGCCUCACAAUCAUUCCUCCAUCAUCUCAAAGCCCUGUCGAAACAGUUACCUUUGACCUAAGCGAUAAUGAUAUAAGUCAGGUUAAACUUUUCGAUCACGAUUAUCCCAAUUUAACCAAGUUAAAUCUAUCUAUAAAUUCAAUCUCCACCAUUGAACCAAAGGCAUUUGAAUCGAUACCAACGCUGGAAUUGUUAGAUUUAAGUUUCAAUAAGCUUUCCAGCAUUCAAGAUAUGAUUUUUAACAAUCUAAACAACGUUAAAACAAUUGACCUUUCCGACAAUGAUAUAUCCAAAAUUGCUGCCAAUUCUUUUGAUGGUCAACAAUGGCUGGAGAUUUUAAUCCUACGAGGAAACAAUCUUAAAUCUCUACCUGAGGAUUUAUUUCGAAACAAUGAACGAUUAAGGAUUCUUGACCUUUCUCAUAAUUCCAUGUACAGUUUACCUGAUACCCUUUUCCAUUUUACCCCGGCACUGACCACCAUUGAUCUUUCUGAGAAUCAGUUUAACUCUGUUCCAAGUGAAGAUUUAAUUGGUGCAACUAAAUUAGAGAAUCUUGAUAUCUCUGCGAAUUUGAUGAAAAAAUUGGACCAUGAAUCUUUCAGUGGAUUAUUGUCAUUGAAAACUUUAAAGAUCAACAAUUUACCUCAAUUAACUGAGAUCGAUGAUUACACCUUUUCCUAUCUACAUAAUCUUCAACACCUUGAGAUUAAAUAUAAUCCAAGGUUAAAUCAAUUGUCUUCAUCAGCGUUUUUUGGUAUCACUUUUACUCCAAUUAAUUUAACGCAAGUUGAUCUUUAUGGUAAUCAAUUGUCUCGACUUACUGAGCAUACACUUCCAAUUUGUAACAUUUCACGAGUUGAUUUACGAGAUAAUCAAUGGAAAUGUGAUUGUCAUUUUGCAUGGAUUAAGUCAUGUAAACACGAUGAUCCCAUUCACCAGCAAAUAAAGUGCACUUCACCAUUACAACUUGCUAGUCUUGAGAUCGGUGCCAUCAAUGUAGACCAAUUUACCUGUCCAGCUGAGGCUAAUUCUUUCAGUCGAGAGAUUCGAUUAUUCCGUCUAUUUGUAGUUCUCUUUGGUGUUUUAACUCUUAUUUUCAUGGGCUUCAUGGUAAUUUAUUAUCUUCAUAAAGCCAAAGUAAUCAGAUCUUUUGGACACAAGUACCAACGAAUGGGCUCCAUCCAUUAUGUUAAAGACCAAACCACUGAUAUUGUCCCAGAAUAAUUAGAUUCAUUUCAUUUCUUUUUUUACCAAAGAAUCAUCUUCAACUUAAAGUUAAUGAAUAUUAUAUGCCUAAUCUACACCUAAUGGUGCUUUUGAUAAGAAAUUAUUACCAAUUAAUUUGCCACCGUUCACUAAUCCCUAAGAGCACUUUGUAUUUGCAAUUAAAUGCAACUGUUGCCUGGAAAUCAAAGGAAACUGAAGGAAAUAAUCAACUGGAGGACAAUAAAGUGCCAUAAGCAAAACGUUUACAUUGCAAUUUAAUUUACUUUUCACGCAAUCAAAUGAAUCAACAAUUGACCUUACUUUCGCAAGUAAUAACUUUAAAAAGGGAAAUACACAAACUGUAAAGACAUUUUUACUACAUCCAUUCAUCAUCAUCGUAAUAACUUUCACCAUCAACAAACAAUGAAACAAACAUCAUCAAUCUCAUUCGUUGAUUAUUGAACAUUUCAUUCAUUUUCAUCAUUAACAUGACUUUGCAAACUUACUAAAUUGUAUUAUCAUAAUGUAACACAACCACUCUAACUAACAAUGUAAUCAGGUUAGAUUGUAUUUCAUUAACUUUACCUUUAAUUUUGUUGUAAUACAUUUUAAUGAAAAAAAUGUUACUUUUAUUUAAAAUUUAAUCCAUCAGAUCAUAUCAAUGGUUUUAAUUGUCAUCGUUGUGACAACUAUUGUCCACUGAUAAUUAUCAUUCCAUUUAAUUGUAACCAUUUCAAGUACAACCAGUAAGUUCACAAUUAGGAUCACCAUAAUCACCGGAACCAGCACCAGCACCAGCACCAGCCGUCCCGUUUAAAUAUUAAUAAUAAUCUCUGUUUAAUUUUACUAUUAUUAUUAUUAAUAGUGAUUAUUAUAUGCUCUUAAUGCUGAUAUGGUUUGUUGAUUAAUAUCAACUUCAUUGUUUUUUCCUAAAAGCUUAUCAAUAUAACAAACCCAAUGUAUAUUUUAAUGUAAUACAUGUAUAUUAAUAAAAACCAUGAAGAAAAAAAAACAAAUACAAGAUAAUCACCAUGGUAGAUAAAUCAGAUUAACUUUUAUGAUAGUUUUUCAUAUUCAAUCUAUCGUAUAUGUUUACCUUAAUUGUUACGCUAACGGUUAAAAAUAUCAGCUAUUAAAAAUGUUUUUAAUCAAGAAUAAAUCAAAUACAGGACAACCGAUAUAGCCGAUUGUCUUUGUUUCAUUCCAAUAAAUAAACACCAAUCAAUAAUAUCCACUUGUUAAUCAAUCGUUUGUUGAGACAAUUAGAAUCAGAAUUAUAAUUUCUGUAAACGUACAAAGUCAAUAUUGAGAAAAUGUAUACAUUGUGUUAAUAAGAAAAUCGAACCAAAUUAAAGCAAAUAACUCGAA